AUGGCGAUCUUAUCUCAACUGUGGUCCUUUUUGGGUCUUCUCACAGUCCUCCAAAACAUCCUCCCCUCCCAGCUCCUCUCCCUCCUCCACUCCUGCUAUGAAUCCCUUCAGGAUUCCUUCAGUCCAUACUCUUAUUUCGAAAUCCCAGAAUUCAAUGGCUACUGUGGUGUUGAUCUCAAUGAUCUAUACCGCCAUGUUAAUUUGUACUUGAAUUCCAUCAACCCCUCCGCCACCGCCACCGGCUGCAGCCGCCUCACUCUCUCCCGAUCCAAAUCCUCCACCCGCAUUUCUUUCACCGUCGCACCCAACCACACCGUCAAUGAUUCCUUCCUCCACCACCGCCUCUCGUGGACCCACCACGUCGACACCGUCCAGGACUCGCUUGACGAGAAACGCAGCUUUGUGCUCAAGUUGCCCAAACGACACCGUUUGACGCUCCUCAAACCAUACCUAGAUCAUGUGACGUCACGUGCCGAGGAGUUCGAACGUGUUUCCCGUGAGCGGAGGUUGUUUACGAAUAACGGCCAUGGAUCCUUCGAGUCCGGUUGGUCGUCGGUGCCGUUCCGGCAUCCUUCCACGUUCGAGACUCUAGCUCUUGAGCCGGAACUGAAGAAACAACUCAUCGAUGAUCUGAAAGCGUUUUCCGAUGGGAAAGAGUUUUAUCACAAAAUUGGACGUGCUUGGAAACGUGGAUAUUUGUUGUACGGACCUCCGGGAUCUGGAAAAUCGAGCUUGAUAGCUGCAAUGUCGAAUUUAGUCUGCUACGACGUCUACGAUCUCGAAUUAAGCAAAGUCUCAGAUAAUUCGGAGCUCAGAGCUUUGCUGAUCCAAACCACAAACCGUUCCAUAAUUGUUAUAGAAGAUAUUGAUUGCUCCAUCGAUCUCACCGGCGAUAGGUUGUCAAAGACGACCAGAAGACAUUCUCCGAAAGGAAAACGCGUUGGUGGUGGUGGUGGUGGCGGCGGGGACGGUGGAGAAGAUGACAGACGCGUGACUUUAUCCGGUCUCUUAAACUUCACCGACGGUUUGUGGUCGUGUUGUGGAGAAGAGCGAUUGAUCGUGUUCACAACGAACCAUAGGGACCAUGUCGACCCGGCGCUUGUUAGAUGCGGGCGUAUGGACGUGCACGUUAGCCUAGGCAUGUGCGGGAUGCAUGCGUUCAAAGCGCUGGUGAAGAAUUACUUGGGUGUGAGUUCGCACGUGCUGUUUGACGUGGUGGGGAGCUGCAUAAGAUCCGGUGGGUCCCUCACGCCAGCUCAGAUAGGGGAGAUAUUGCUGAGGAAUAGGAAGGAAGCUGACGUGGCGAUGAAGGCAGUGAUAUCGGCCAUGCAGGCAAAGAUUCUAGGUGCCGACGUGGAGGUGGAGGUGGUGGAGUCUGAUGACACGGCAGCGGAGGUGGCAGAGUCGCCGGAGAAUUGGGAUAUAUCGUCGCCGUCGCCGAUGGGGAGGUUGGGGGUGAAGAAGAGGAAUGGGUGGGGGAAGAGUAAGGUGAAGUUUCUUGUGAGGUUAAAGUCCUUGACCAAAUCUGAGUCAGGGAGUAGAGGUGCUUAAUUGGUUUGUAAGAUGUGCUUUGGACACUUGUACCUUUUCAGGCGCCAUGAGCCAUCCAUGUACAAUGAAUUCUUUUAA